AUGUCGGCCCAGGAGUUCGUUGCUGCCGUCUCCGCCCUGCACUCGCCGACCGCAAGCGCCGCCGACCGACACGCGGCCAACGCGUGGCUCAUCGACUUUGCGGCAGCGAGCGAGGCUCCGCAGGUCUGUGCGGCUCUUCUCGCUGCGCCGGCGGGCGCAGCCGAGCCGGCCCUCGUCGCCGCGGCGGGCCUGCUCGCCGAGGCGGGCUCGCGCAGCGGAGGUGCCGCGCAGGUCUCGCAGCUGCUGCUCGUGCAUGCGACGGCUGACGCGCUCGCCGCCUCGGGCUCGGCGAGCGAGCGCGGCGAUGACCUGGACGACCUGUGCGGCUGGCGAGAGCGCGCUGCCCGCCCGCUGCUCACCGCGAGCUCGGAGCAGCUCGGCGUGAGCUGGCUCGCUAUGCUCGCAGCGACCCUCUCGCCCGCGCCCAAGCCCGGGAACCCCGUGCCCGUCAUGACGCCGGCGGGCCGUGCACACGUGGACUUUGAGCUCGACCGAGUCGCGGCGGAGGCGACGUCGGCGGCGGACCACGGCGCCCUGUCCGCGCUCAUCACGGACUACGAGGACGGAUGCCGGCGCGCCCUCGAGCCGCUGGCUCUGUACUCGCUAUAG